UCAACUACAACAGCCAAGAUGCGUCGUAGUCUCAUGGUGAUAAGCGUAGCUUUGAUGGCUACGGUGUAUGAGGCAAUGGCUGAUGGCGGAUACGGAAGUCGCCGAGGUGGAGGUGGAGGAGGCCACAGCUUAAGUGGAGGUGGAGGAGGCCACAUCGGAGGUGGAUUCAGCGGCGGAAACGGAGGAUUCGGAGGCGGAGCUGGUGCAGUCGCCAGUGGAUUCGGGGAAAAUGGAUUCAAUGGCGGCCACGGAUUUGGUGGAAAUGGAGGCGCUGUAGUUAGCGGCGGAAGUGGAUUUGGAGGAGCUAAUGGUGUAGGGGGAGGUGUGGGAGGAGGAGCUGGAAGAGGAUUCGGUGGUGUAAAUGUUGGUGCUGGCAGUUACAGCGCAGGUAAUGGUGGCUUUGGAGGUGGAAAUGGCGGUUUUGGCGCAGCUACUAGUGGUGUUGGAAGCGGAAAUGGUGGAUUUAGCGUCUCGACUGGCGGGUUUGGCGGUGGAAAUAGCGGCUUUGUUGCAGGUAAUGGAGGUUUUGGCAGUGGCAUUGGCGGAUUUGGCGGUGGCAAUGGAGGAAUUGUUGGAAGCAGUGCCAGUUUUGGAGGUGUUGGCGGGAGUAAUGGAGGUAAUGGCCGUCGAAGCUAUGGAAGGAAGUAAAAGACAUUAGUCUCAGUUACCAAAUGACCAAAUGUUUACAAAAUAA